UCAUCUGUGGCAACCAGGGCCAGACGUCUGUCAGGUCAGGAGGACAAGGGCAAGCGUGAGAGACAGAGACAGACAGAGAAAGAGAGCUCGAGGAGAAGCGACAGUCAGGACACACCAUCACGUCUCCUCCACAUUCACAGUCAAAGGAUAUUUAUUUGAGUUUCUUCAGGAGGCACAGGAAAGUAAACAAAGAUGAUGACCAUGACCCAAGUGGAGACCACGGUCCACUAUGAUAACGGCUACGAGGAGGUAUACAUGUUGCAGGAGGACGAGUGGGACAGGGACAUGCUGCUGGACCCGGCCUGGGAGCAGCAGCAGAGGAAGACGUUCACAGCCUGGUGUAACUCCCACCUGAGGAAAGCUGGUACUCAAAUCGAAAAUAUCGAGGAAGACUUCAGGAAUGGACUAAAGCUCAUGCUGCUCCUGGAAGUUAUCUCAGGAGAGAGAUUACCUAAGCCAGACAGAGGGAAGAUGCGUUUUCAUAAGAUCGCUAAUGUCAACAAAGCGUUGGAAUACAUCACAAGCAAAGGAGUGAAACUGGUCUCCAUUGGAGCUGAAGAGAUUGUGGACGGUAAUGUAAAGAUGACUCUUGGAAUGAUCUGGACUAUCAUCCUCCGCUUCGCCAUUCAGGACAUUUCUGUGGAAGAAACAUCUGCCAAGGAAGGUCUUCUCCUGUGGUGUCAGAGAAAGACUGCCCCCUACAGGAAUGUCAAUGUCCAAAACUUCCAUGUCAGCUGGAAGGACGGCCUGGCCUUCUGCGCCCUGAUUCAUAGACACAGACCCGACCUCCUCGACUACUCUAAACUCAACAAGGAUGAUCCUUUGGGGAACCUGAACCUGGCUUUUGACAUAGCCGAGAAACACCUGGACAUUCCCAAAAUGCUGGACGCCGAAGAUAUCAUCAAUACCCCCAAGCCUGAUGAACGAGCCAUCAUGACCUAUAUGUCCUGCUUUUACCACGCUUUUGCUGGCGCUGAGCAGGCAGAGACGGCUGCCAACAGGAUCUGUAAGGUGCUUGGCGUAAACCAGGAGAAUGAGAAGCUCAUGGAGGAGUACGAGCGACUGGCCAGUGAGCUGCUGGAGUGGAUCCGUCGCACCACUCCCUGGCUGGAGAAUCGCACCCCAGAGAAGACCAUGGCAGAGAUGCAGCAGAAGCUGGAGGAUUUCAGGGACUACAGGCGCCAGCACAAGCCCCCGAAGGUGCAGGAGAAGUGCCAGCUAGAAAUUAAUUUCAACACCCUGCAGACCAAGCUGCGCAUCAGCAAUCGCCCCGCGUUCAUGCCGUCCGAGGGGAAAAUGGUGUCUGAUAUUGCCAGUGCAUGGCAAGGCCUGGAGCAGGCAGAGAAAGGCUACGAGGAGUGGCUCCUUACUGAGAUCCGCAGGCUGGAGAGGCUGGAUCACCUGGCAGAAAAGUUUCGCCAAAAAGCCUCCAGUCACGAGAACUGGGCCAGUGGUAAGGAGCUGAUCCUCUCCCAGAAGGACUAUGAAACAGCCACCUUGACAGAAAUCAGAGCGUUACUUCGCAAACACGAGGCCUUUGAGAGCGACUUGGCAGCCCACCAGGACAGAGUGGAGCAGAUUGCUGCCAUCGCACAGGAACUCAAUGAGCUGGACUACCAUGAUGUAGCUGCUGUGAACCAGCGUUGCCAGAGUAUCUGUGAUUUGUGGGACAAGCUGGGAACCCUGACUCAGAAGAGAAGGGAGGCACUGGAGCGGACAGAAAAACUGCUGGAGACUAUUGAUCAGUUGUUCCUGGAGUUUGCCAAGAGGACUGCUCCUUUCAACAACUGGAUGGAAGGAGCCAUGGAGGAUCUGCAGGACAUGUUCAUCGUGCAUACUACUGAAGAAGUCCAGAGUUUAAUCGCGGCCCAUGAGCAGUUCAAAGCCACUCUACCUGAGGCGGAUGCAGAGAGACAGGCUAUCUUGGGAAUCCACAAUGAGGUGCAGAAAAUUUCCCAGAGCUAUGGGAUCAAGGCCAACUUUCUGAACCCCUACAGCACCAUUUCAACAGAGGAGCUGCUCAACAAAUGGGAAAAGGUAAAGAAGCUGGUUCCUCAAAGAGACGGUGCCCUCCAGGAGGAGAUGGCACGCCAACAUGCCCAUGAAAGGCUGAGACGGCAGUUUGCUGCCCAGGCUAAUCUCAUUGGACCUUGGAUACAGACCAGGAUGGAGGAAAUUGGACGCUGCUCGCUGGACAUCGGUGGAGCUCUGGAGGACCAGAUGACCCAGCUGAAGCAAUUCGAGCACGUCAUUGUCGCUUAUAAGCCCAACAUUGACAAAUUGGAGGGAGACCACCAGCUAAUCCAAGAGUCCCUGGUGUUUGAUAACAAACAUACCAACUACACGAUGGAGCACAUCCGUGUCGGGUGGGAGCUGCUGCUCACGACCAUCGCCCGAACCAUCAACGAGAUCGAGACCCAGAUCCUGACCCGCGAUGCCAAGGGCAUCAGCCAGCAGCAGAUGAAUGAGUUCAGAUCCUCUUUUAGCCACUUUGACCGGAAGAAGAAUGGUGCUAUGGAGACUGACGACUUCAGAGCUUGCCUCAUCUCUAUGGGAUAUGACUUGGUAUGGCAUUUCAAAUGUGGUUCAGUGUUUGGGUGUUGGUUUGUUUUUUUCCCCCCCGUGUGCUUAUUCCAUUCAUGCUUUUCUCAGGGAGAGGUGGAAUUUGCCCGUAUAAUGAUACUGGUGGACCCUAAUGGCAGUGGAGUGGUCUCCUUCCAGUCCUUCAUUGACUUUAUGACCAGAGAGACUGCUGAUACAGAUACUGCUGAACAGGUUGUGGCAUCUUUCCGGAUCCUGGCAACUGACAAGCCCUACAUACUCGUGGAGGAGCUGAGGAGAGAACUUCCCCCUGAACAAGCCGAGUACUGCAUCAUGAGGAUGCCUCCGUACAAGGGCCACGGAGCACCACCAGGGGCGCUGGACUACACUGCCUUCUCCACCGCCCUGUAUGGAGAGAGCGACCUUUAACCUACUGACCGUUCACCCAACGCCCCUUUCCCCCCUCUAUCUCUUGAGAAAUUAAAGGAAUCUUUAAAAGAGUCGGAUCAAAUAUGUGGAAUGAAAUGUGUUUGUGACGAUAUUGAGUUUUUGUUGAUUCGUUUUUGUUGACGCAUUAGAUUGUGUACAAUCAUGUCUCGAUACUUUUACCUCCUAAACAUGGCCCUCAAAUGAAUGUUAACUCCCACGUCCACAUUAUAUUAUCAACAGCAAUGCAGUCACUGGUGUAAAAGGAUCACAGUGUUUUAGCUGAAAUGCAGUCUGCCAAUAAGCAUUUUGAGUUGUUUAAAGUGAACUGCUGUUUGCAAAAGCAAUUUCGGACCUGUUGACACCCAGCAUCGAGCACUAAAAAUGGAUUCCACUAAAGCAUAAAAAGAAACGCCACUAAUGGAGGUAAACAAAGGAAAAAUCACAUUUCAAAAGUAAAUGUUUUUCAAUCGCUUACUGUGUUAUGUUUAUGCAAGUAUAAUGAAGUCCAAAAAUAAUCACACAAAUAAAGUGAUUUCCCAAAUUUCCUUCAUGGAUGCAUAUUCUAUUUGUAUCAGUAGAAAUUGAUUUGUCCUUAUUUGUGCGUAUUAAACCCUUAUGGCCACAAUUUG